AUGGAAAAAAUCGAACAAACUCCUUUUGAAAAUAUAUCUUUCAAUGUUCCAGAGGUACUGUCUCGCAUUCAUCGACACCAGGAGCAAGUACGCGAUAUUAUUUGCGCUAACUACGUUGACUUCGUGUCGAGUAAUGCGCACGAGAAGCUUUUGGACACCGUGAAAACGCUUGAAUCUGAAAUUAAAGAUCUCGUAGCUAGUCCUAGCCAAGCAGCCAGUUUGGAUAAAUCAAGUGUGGCAUGGAAUGAUCUGCGACAUUAUCAACGUGAUCUCGAGGAAGGCAUUCGCGGAUAUAAGAUUGCCAGGAGGUUGCUUUCUAUUCACGACCUUUUCGAAAGUCUCAAUCUGUUAGGGAAUGGCUACGAGAAAACAGCUCACAUCCUUAGCAAGAUAAAAGCAUUGCUGAAUGACGUGCAAGAUCCAAUUCUUCCCGAGUUAAACUGCUUUGAAAGCUUGAUGCUUCGCUACGAAACGGAGCACGAAGCGUUCAUCCAUGAUCUGAAUGCGCAAUUCAACGACUUGGUGAAACUACAGCAGCGAUCGUUUCAAAACACAAAAUCGGUCACGAUACAGAUUCACAAAGACGAAAAUGUGCUGUACCAAGUGGUGGUGACUUUGCUAAAAACCCAGCACAAUUUUCAACAACUGUGCCGAUUCUUGAUCGAGCAUGUAUUUGGCCCGGUUAUUGUUAAGCCUGUUUCGCUGAUUUGUAACGAAAAAUCAAACGAACAAAAUGUAUCAAUUAACCUGUCCUACCAGCUGGCAGUGGGCGAAGAACUUCGUCCCGGCUACAAAACCGUGCUGUCUAACAUGGUGCAAAUAUUUUACAACCUCAGCAACAUGAACAUUGUGGUUUCGGAUGAUGAGUGUCUCUUUAAGGUUCUGGCCAAGCAAACGAAGAAGCAUUUGUGCAGUAUGCUAAUUGAACAAUGUCUAGAACGUGACAUUCCGGGCACUAUAGAAGAAAUGAAGGACUGUUCAAUGGUUAAAGACGUAUGCGAGUUCAAUACGUUUCUGGAGACGAGUAAUUUUGUAGAUGGGGAAAAUGAUCAACUGCUUGUGGAGUAUGCAAACUCGAUCGAAACCAUCCAUCAGAAAAAACUAUGCGACAAUGUGCUGGAAACGGCGCUAGGUAUUAUAAAGCGCGAAAGUCACGAGAUGGUUCUAAUCGAAGAUCACGAGUACCAGUUUGGCGGAAGCUCUACCAUUGGUCAAAGAUCCAGUUGUAUGGUCACUCGCACGGUGGUGGAUUUAAAAAAAUUUUUAGACAAAGUGCUGGCGGAAGUCGCGGCCGCUCAUGGUGAAGCUGCGGAUAGGUUACUCAAAACCAUCGCGACCAUUGUGGAGCGUUACAUGGUUGAUGUACCGAUGGCAAACGAAAAAUUACUCUUUAAAAUUCCACAACAAUCUGCGCUGUUUCGAAACGAUUGUGCCUACUUAAACUAUUGGCUGCAGAAAAACGACGACAAACUGAAAGAUCAUUGUUCGUUCGCCAGCAUUUCCGAAGCCUUGAAGGCACGCGGUGAAGAUAUUUUGCAGCAACAGCUCAAUAAUCAACGCACACAGAUGAUGCAAGCAUUGAAUGGCUUUACGCUGUCCAUUAAUUUGAUUGAGUUGGGAACCGAACAGCAACGUGCCAUAAGACAAUGCAUUCGUCAAUUUGAGCUACUGAAAAACGUAUGGCAAACUGUGCUGCCUGAUCCGGUGUAUAAGCACAGUUUAUCGGGACUAAUAGACACAUUUGUACGCGAGUUCAUCAAAAGAAUACAGAGCCUUGAAGAUAUAACGACCGCUAUCGGAAACGGAUUAGUGCAACUUUUUGACAUCAUAAAAGAAGCUUUACCAAGCCUUUUAAAGGAACCUAGCGAGAUUCAUCAGCUCGUCAAACAAUGGCCCAAGUUAUUGCAACUUGGUCAAAUACUCCGCGGCUCAUUGGUAGAAAUCACAGAGCUGUGGGCCGAAGGAAAAGGCCCUCUUACUAUGUGCUUUAGUGCAGAAGAGGUAAAACAUCUUAUCCGUGCCUUGUUUCAAAACACAAAACAGCGACAGACUUGCAUCGCUUCGAUUGUGUAGUAAAAAAUACUUCAUCGCAUGCAUCCAU